AGUAUGGAUUUUGAGGUAGUAAGGAGGGCAUACUGGUAUCCUAUAAAGAAGUAAACAAACUCCUUGUUUAGGAACUGACCCUAAGAAAGAAAAGGAUGUUUUCAUUAAUUUUUUUAACUCAAAUGUCUAAGCAUUUUAAUAAAAACUUUCCCAUUUAAGGAAGGAGAAGAAUUUUCUCCUUCCUUGAAUUGAGCCAUAUCAAUGGGUUCUAUUGUGGUCCCAAACCCUGAAGGAGACAUAUAAUCUGGGAAAGCACACAAUGCAAUGUUAGAUGGCUUUCGGUCUGAAUGACCUCAUCAGCCCCUCUGCCACCUUAAUUAUCUGGUAUUGGUUGGUUUAUAACUUGGAUUUGGUCCUCAGAGGCUCAUGGGCAGGGAAAACCAGACCUGGAUGAGUGAGUUCAUUCUGCUGGGGCUGUCCAGAUGCUGGAACACUCAGGUCUCCCUCUUUGUCCUUUUCCUGGUCAUGUAUCUGGUGACUGUGCUGGGGAACUUCCUCAUCAUCCUCCUUAUCAGACUGGACAGCAGGCUACACACACCUAUGUACUUUUUCCUCAGUGUCCUGUCAUUUGUGGACAUCUGUUAUACCAACAGCACCGUCCCACAGAUGCUUGUUCACUUCCUGUCAGCCCGGAAGUCCAUCCCGUUCCACAGCUGUGUGCUCCAGCUGUUUAUCUCCCUGGCCAUGGGCAGCUCCGAGUUUUUCCUGCUGGGAGCCAUGGCCUAUGACCGCUAUGUGGCCGUGUGCCACCCGCUGCACUACACAGCCAUCAUGCAUGGGGGGCUUUGCCUGGCGCUGGCUACUGGCUGCUUGGGGGCUGGCUUCAUGAAUUCACUGGUGCAGGCAGUGAUCAUCUUCCAGCUACCUUUGUGCCAUAAUGUCAUUAAUCACUUUGCCUGUGAGAUGUUGGCUGUGCUGAGGCUGACCUGUGUGGACAUCUCCUUCAACAAGGUCAUGGUGGCCAUCUCAGGAUUUUUGGUGAUCAUGCUUCCCUGUUUUCUGGUUCUGUUCUCCUAUGCUCGUAUAGUUGCUGCUAUUCUGCAUAUCCGCUCCGCCCAAGGACGCUGCAAAGCAUUUGAGACCUGUGCUUCCCACCUCACUGUGGUUUCCAUGUGCUUUGGAACAGCCAUCUUCACAUACUUGAGACCCUCUGCUGGCUCCUCAGCAGAGCAAGAGAAGAUGGUCGCUCUAUUCUACGCUGUGGUGACCCCGAUGCUAAAUCCCUUAAUCUACAGCUUGAGGAACAAGGAGGUAAUGAGCGCCCUAAGAAGACUGUUGGGAAAAUUAAGUGAAAAAAGGUGAAGAUUCAAAGAAUUUCUCCUUCCUUCCAAAAGCCCAAAGAAUGACAUUUCAAACAAAGAGGAAAUGAUGGACAUGCCCUUUUCUCCAGAUUUGCUGAUAAGGUAGAUCAAGGUGAGCACAGUUUUGAAGACUGACUUUUCACAUUAGUCCACAUUUUGACUAUGUAUUACCACCUUCUUAUGCAUACAGUAAAAAAAAAAAAGCAUCCAGUUAUUAAGUUGGGUGGGGUCUGCUGGGUUAGCAGUCUUUCCAGAGUUUACAUUCUCCCCUCCCCUUUCUUAUUUCUCCCGCAUA